GAAUUAGAAUAAUUAUUUUCGAACAUAAAUUUGAAUUGCAUAAAACAAAGCGUUAGGAAACUAAGAUUAGGUUAUAAACUACUCGACGUUAGAAACUGCUCGAUCUGCAUGAACUAUGAACUGCAUGAAUUAUUAUAUACAAAAAAGGACAAACGAAUAUACAGUUGCAAACCGACCAGCGAUAAAGGUGUACACUUUCCCAUUCAAAUUUCCUCCAAAUAUCACAGCCAGCCCCUUUUCGUGAAUAUAUUUCACAUUUUUGGUCCUUCGAACCGGAUCGUGAUAUACGGAGAAGAAAUAAGUUUCAUUCUGCAUCAAGAGUGGAAUUCGGUAUUCGUCGUCAAGUGUGCAAGUCAUUCCGUGACAAUUCCCGCCAUCGCAUAUCGCCCCGCAUCAAGGGCAACGGUCGGUUACACGCCAUCAUUUUGAAUUUCGCGCCAUCGCUUUGUUCGUUAUUUUCGUGUGAUAUCGCAGUAUUUUCUUUGUGCAAUGGAUAAGAAAAUUAAAACAGUGCAACUGAAAAAGAGGAUCGCCCUGGAGAACAUAAAAUCGCUGGAACGGUUCCAGGCGAAAUAUUCGAGUGAUGAUGCCAAGCAGAUUCCGGAGGUGUUAGAAGAUCUGGCGAAACAUAAGGAAGAGUUUUUCACCGCAGUUUCGAAACUGGAAGAGCUUGAAGAUAAAGACGAAGCGGUCGAAGCCAGCAUAAUGGAACGGAUCGACAUUGAAGAACGCUGUCGCAAGCUAAAAUCAUUUCUACGGGAAAGACAGCCAAAGGAAGAAGGUUCGCUCAACGAUACAACGGGCUUGGCUUCCUCAACGCUUGCAUUCGGUCGACCCCACGCGCCAAAUUUACGUUUGCCCAAAAUCGAACUUCCAACAUUUGACGGAGAUCACACAAAAUGGCUUUCUUUCCGAGAUCGCUUCAUCGCAAUGAUCGACGCUUCAGCCGAGCUUCCAUCUAUCGCGAAGCUACAAUACUUACUGUCAUCGUUGAAGGGGGACGCGGCGGUACCUUUCGAGCAUACACCUUUAACGGCGGACAACUAUUCGGUUACCUGGGCGGCGCUUCUUAAACGGUACGACAAUUCUCGUCUUUUGAUUCGCGAAUACUAUCGCAAAUUGCACUACCUUCCGGGAGUGCAAUUGGUGUGCGUUGACAAGCUCACGCACCUGGUGGAUGAAUUCACCCGCUUCGUCAACGGGUUGAAAAAGCUGAACGAACCGGUUGACUCGUGGGACACACCCCUCUCAAACAUGCUGCUGAUGAAGUUGGAUCGAGAGACAUUGUUGGCUUGGGAGAAACAUUCCGUGCACUUCACGACGGACAAAUAUAAGGAUGUGAUCGACUUCGUGCAAGAUCGUAUCCAAAUCUUGAAAUCGACCAACAACUUCGUGAAGGAUCAAGCAGCUAGUGGUAUCAAGGUGGCCGGUCUCAUUCGUCAACCAGGGCAACGGAGAUUCAUCGCGAAUGCAGCUACAUCUCGCUCGGCUCCUGCUGCAUCGACUGCGCACACCCAACAGCCAAAGUGUCCAUUGGAGUGUUCCGAAGACCACACACUGCGCAACUGUCCAGUGUUCAUCGCCAAGGAGGUCCAACAGCGACGGGACGUCGUCGCAUCGAAGCGGCUGUGCUGGAACUGUUUGAGCAGCAAUCAUCAGGUUAGAGCGUGCAAGUCGGAUUAUUCGUGUCGCACGUGUCGUGAGCGUCAUCACACACUUCUACAUCAUUCACCACCCUAUGCUCCACCCGCAACGGUAACAUUGUCAGCUCAGUCGAAUGAAGACAAUGUGUUUCUGGCGACGGCAAACAUCCAGAUCAAGGAUGACUACGGGAACACCCAUGAAGCAAGGGCGUUGUUGGAUUCGGGAUCCAUGUCGAAUUUCAUCGCUGAGGAGUUCGCACGGAAACUGCUGACGAGUCGCAAAAGGGUCAACGUCGCUGUAUCGGGCAUCGGCAAUGCAGUACAGCAGAUCAAGGGUUCCAUCGUCGCUACCGUUCAGUCCAAGACACAACCCUUCGCAACGGAGAUGACUUUCUUGGUUCUGGACACGCCAUCCGCAAACAUCCCUACAUCACCAACGGACGUCUCUUCAUGGAAAAUGCCGGACGUGGCAUUGGCGGACAGCACCUUUAACAGUCCGGGGCAAAUCGACAUCGUCAUCGGAGGCGAUACGUUCUGGGAGCUCCACACCGGUCGCAAGUGCUCUAUCGGUAGAGGCAAACCGUGGCUGGUCGAAACCCACUUUGGUUGGGUUGUCACCGGCAACACUCAUCAUUCGUCAGUCGGUCCGCGGCUGUGCCAUCUAUCUGCAUACGACACCCCACUGGAGGAGACCAUGCAGCGGUUCUGGGAGAGUGAAACCAUAGCCGAGGAUCCUGUGCUAUCGGUUGAGGAGAAUGCUUGCGAGAAGCAUUUCGCAGCAACAACUGUUCGCAACUCAAGUGGAAGGUAUGUCGUUAGUUUGCCAUUUAACUCCAACCCUAAUAUCGUUUUAGGAGAGUCGAAGGAAAUAGCCGAUCGCAGACUGCGUUGUAUCGAACGGCGGUUGAACACCAAUGCUAAAAUGAAAGAAGAGUAUGGUAAAUUUAUGAAAGAAUAUGAGCAUUUGGGGCAUAUGAAGCGGCUUACCAGUCCUGCAAACGAUUCGGUAGAGCAUUACUACCUCCCACAUCACGCUGUCAUUAAGGAAUCAAGCACAACCACGAAGGUGCGUGUCGUGUUCGAUGCAUCCUGUAAGACUUCGAGUGGUUACUCAUUGAACGACAAACUCUUAGUGGGACCAAUCGUUCAAGAAGAUCUUUUAUCGAUUAUCCUUCGGUUUCGUUCUCGUGCCAUUGCUCUCACUGCAGACGUAGAGAAGAUGUAUCGGCAAAUUUUACAUAGCCCUCAUGACCGUAACUAUCUGCGCAUCCGGUACAGAGAACAUCCUGCAGAUCCUAUAUCGACAUUUGAGCUACAGACGGUUACGUACGGCACAGCCUCUGCUCCAUUUUUAGCAACCAGGACCCUCAAACAGAUUGCUCUUGACCACAAGGAAGAGUAUCCUUUGGCAAUGAACGCGGUCAUGAACGAUUUUUAUGUAGAUGAUUUGCUAACGGGUACCGAUGAUUUGUCCGAAGCAAUCGUUAUACAAAGGCAAAUCUCAGACAUGCUAAAUUCAGCUGGCUUCACGCUGAAGAAAUGGGCAUCGAACCGCUCCGAAGCAUUGAAGAACGUUCCUUCAGAAGAUGUGGCGGUACAACUCUCGCACGAGUGGAAGAGCUCGAAACAAGUAUCCACACUAGGCAUCGUUUGGGAACCGGCAACUGAUACACUACGGUUUCGUAUUGAGAUACCACCUACAACACCCAGCAUGACGAAAAGAGUUGUUGCACAUUGUUUGCGCUUUAUACAAAACGCAAAGCGCCGCGUAGGAAACAAGGUCCAUGCUAAGGAUAUCCCACCGCUCACUGUAGACGAACUCAAGGCGGCAGAACUCAAGUUGUGUUAUCUUUCGCAACAAGACACCUUUUCCGAGGAGAUACAACACCUGCAGAAGGGCAAAGAGAUUCCGAAGAACUCCAAACUGAAAUGGAUUUCCCCUUUCAUAGAUACGCAAGGUAUUCUGCGCAUUGGUGGCCGGCUCAGUAACGCACAUCUGUCGGAAUCAGAAAAACACCCGGUAAUAUUAUCAUCGAAACAUCCACUGUCCGCACUACUAGCUGUUUCGAUACACUUGACAUUUAUCAAUGCACUUCGUCGUUUGAUUGCACGUCGUGGUCAAAUCAGUGAACUGCAUUCCGACAAUGCAACCACCUUUAAGGGAGCGGCACAUGAGCUGAAUCGCGUCUACAAGAUGCUAAAGAGCGAUGAACACGAUCGAGCUGCUAUAUUUGAUUGGUGCGCGAUGAAUCAUAUGAAGUGGAAGUUUAUCCCACCAAGAGCACCACAUUGUGGAGGUUUAUGGGAGGCGGCGGUGAAGGCAGCUAAAAAGCAUAUAGUCAGAACAAUAGGAACAACAAGCAUCACACAGGAGAGCAUGCUUACCCUACUUGCCCAGGUAGAGCAAUGUUUGAAUUCGCGACCAAUUACACCUCUAUCCGAUGAGCCGUCGGACUUGGAACCAUUGACACCGGGACACUUCCUCGUCGGUGGCAAUCUGCAAGCGGUACCAAUCAUCGAUUACACCGAGACACCGAGCAACUAUUUGAGGGAAUACCAGUUGGUACAAAAACAUCUGCAAACCAUUUGGGCUCGAUGGUAUCCGGAGUACCUGCAGCAGUUACAAGCUCGAGCCAAAUAUUGCAACGGGAAAUCAGCGGUUCUGAAAGAAAAUACACUGGUGAUUAUUAAGGAAGACAAUGUACAUCCUACCUCGUGGCCGAUGGGGCGCAUCGUUGCAGUACACCCUGGAAAGGACGAUGUUGUUCGCGUCGUUACACUGCGCACUGCUUCAGGGAAGCAAAUCGUCCGCGCAGCUAAUCGUCUGGCAGUUUUGCCUAAUCCGGACGUAAUUAGCAACUUAGAGCAGAAGGAAACCACUGGCACUGAGUAA